UCAAAUAUUUAGUUCAUUCGAACGACGGUGUUAUUUUGUCAAUGAGCCAUCGUAUACCAGAAAAUAAAACAAUUUGCAGUAGGUAUUCCGAAUUAUGGUUGUUAUAAAAAUAACAUUCUUGUUUUACUUAUCACUUUUCUGCUUAGUAGUUACAGGCAGAAAACAUAAAUUGGAAAUUAAGAAUGAUGCACGGAGAUACAUUGCCCUUAGCACAUUUGGCUUCUACAAAGGUGGUAAUCUUAGUGUUUCACUUUCGAACUUCCAUGCUGAUCCAUUUAGCGAAACUGAUGUGUUUGGAUUCACGUUGGACCGCACGAUGAGCGAUGCCAUGAACCCCUACUUGGACAGCCAUCCAGACAAGUGCUUGCUGCAGGACCUGAACAAGAACAUCAGCAAUGAUGUGAUCUUCUUCAUACUGGACUUCAAGUGCAGUCGAUUACAAGUAAUUAGGAGUGAACACAUGAAGAUGGUUCAGUUCAACAAGUUGGAUACAGUGGAAAGAGAGAAAAGAGAAUAUCAGUGGCAAAAACUUCGCCUGCACAAGCGACAAGUUGACAAAAAAGUCAACAGCACUGUUAGUGGAAGUCCGUGCCCCAAGUCAGUGCUGCUGCCAAUCACAGUCGGUGUUCAAGGCGAUAAAAAGUACUUCAACACUAGUUUUGUGAUGCAAGUGCUGAACGAAAAAGAGGAAGGACUGUACAAUCUAUAUUUUCACAGCUGUCCCAAUUACAAUGGCAUCACCAAAGCUGUUGAUUUCACUAUUGAGAUCCAGGAGGUAAAUGAUCGCAACUACUUGUCGGCGGGAGAGAUGCCGCUGCCCGCUCUGUACUUCAUGAUGGCCCUGCUCUUCUUCCUGUCUGGCUGCUUCUGGGUGUUCAUUCUGAAGAAAAGCAAGAACCCUGUCUAUAAGAUUCACUACCUGAUGGCCAUCUUGGUGUACCUCAAGUCUCUCUCGCUGAUGUUCCACAGCAUCAACUACUACUUCAUACAAACCAAGGGAGAGCACGUGACAACGUGGGCCAUCCUCUAUUACGUGGCUCACUUGAUGAAAGGUGCAGUCUUGUUCAUAACCAUUGUCUUGGUGGGGACAGGAUGGACCUUCAUCAAGCAUAUCCUGUCUGAGAAAGACAAGAAGAUAUUUGUCAUUGUCAUACCACUGCAAGUGCUGGCGAACGUGGCGGAGAUAAUCAUCGAGGAGUCCGAGGAAGGGGCGGUGGAGCACCGCACGUGGCGGGACGUCUUCAUCCUCGUGGACCUGCUGUGCUGCGGGGCGAUCCUGUUCCCUGUCGUGUGGUCCAUCCGCCACCUGCAGGAGGCCUCGCACACCGACGGCAAGGCGGCCAUCAACCUGCGCAAGCUCAAGCUCUUCCGCCACUUCUACAUCAUGAUCGUGUGCUACAUAUACUUCACCCGCAUCAUCGUCUACCUGCUCAAGAUCACAGUGCCGUUCCAGUACGAGUGGCUGGACGAGAUGUUCAGGGAGAUGGCGACGUACGUGUUCUUUGUGCUGACGGGCUACAAGUUCCGGCCAGCAUCUGCGAACCCCUACUUCCAGCUGAGUCCCGAGGAGGAGGAGGAAGAGAUGGAUGUAGUGAUCAGCCAAUCAGGGUUUACAGAAGGGUUGACCAAGAUAGCCCGAGCCAGCAAGGUUGCAGCGAACGAAGAUGCAUCUGAUGAAGAAAAAGACAAUUUCUUGUCAAAGCGUGAGAGCAGUCAUGAGUACGACUAAUUUCAGAACCUCAGAUAAUAUGGUAGCUAGCACUUUAUUUGAUAGUGGUUCUUUGCGUGACACACGUUUUACUUGCAACUUUUUUAGAUAACUUUAAAAAUAGCAACCAGUUAUUGUUAAAUGUUCCUCAUCCCCAUAACAUUCUCUAAUUUAUUAACAAUAAAUUCAUACUGGAAAUACCCAGAAAAUUAAGCAUCUACAAUUCUACAGUAAAAAAAUUAAUAAAACAAAACAAUUGAAUUUGAUAUACAUCUUCCAAAUUACUGAAAUAAAUUAUUGUUUUACACAUAGUUCUUACAACUGAUUAUGUUUGGGUAAUUUUUUUUUUACAAAUGGUCUACAUUUUUAUAGCUGCAAUGCAUUCAUUAUUCAUUCAAUUAUUAGGUCAUUAUUAUUAUUAUUAUUUUUUACAGUACAUAUAUUUUGACAAAAGUAUAACAAGUGUAGCAAUUCACAUUUUCACGAUUUUAAAUAACUUUUGGUAUUGUUAAAGAACCUUGUCAGUUUUUACUGUAAAUACUAAAUUCUUUUUUCAUCUAAGAAACGUUCAGCUUGAAAUACGUACAGUCGAAAGUUAAGUCAAAGAAUGUUAGAUAAUAGCAAAUCAUAUUCUGUGAUAUUUUUAUAUAUUCCCAGCAAAUAUGUAUUUGUGUGUUUAGACUCAUUUUUAACGUAGUGAAUUGUAUCUGUAAUCUUUGUGAAUGUAUUUGUUUUUAGCACACAAUCACUUUAAAGAUUGUUGCAUACAAAUAGACUUAACUUAAAUUAAUACUUAAUAGAAGUGUGAAAUUUCCAUUGUAUCUCCUCAGAAAAAUUUUCUGUUUGAAAGGGGAAACUUUAUUUAAUCCGUUAUAUUUAUUUAAAUUAUGCUGUAUAUAUAUUUUUUAAUCUAUUAUUUUUAGUUAAUUAAAAUUAUGUUAGACUUUUUUAUACUAGUUCAUGUUAAAGUUGUGUGGGAAUGAAUGUGUACAUGCAUGUGUGUCUUUUCUUCUUGAGUGUGAUUAUGUGUACUAUAGCAUUAAGCCUUGUUCCCACGGUGUGUGCCUUGGUGACCCUGGUCUGAAGGUUGUCGUACCUGGCGUCGUAGCAACGCAAAGAUUCGUUAUUGCUCGAGUUUUGGUCGGGAUGAUGUGUCAGUAAAUAUUCGUACGUGAAAGGUGUGUGGUUUGACUGAUAACAAGCCUCAGUGUGGAUAGUUCACAGAUUUGCCAAGCCUAAUGCCGAGAGAAUAGCACAACUGGUCAUAAUUCGGGCGACCACAAGCGACUCGAGGUUUUCCAAGCAUCUUUUUUGUAAUAUUUAUUCCAAAAUAAAUUUUGUUUUCUGGAAAAUAUUUUUACUAUGCACAACCUUCCUGUAGAUAUGCGGUGAAUAAAUUAAUUAGAAUGAUUUAAAAUUCAGUACAUAAUGUAAAAAAAGUUGAGAGAACUGAUGUGAUUUGGGAGGGGUGUAUGUUCGGAGUUUUAUUUGUGGGGCUGACAAUUUGUAAAAGAUGCCCAAGUCCAGACAGAUUAAUAAUUAUUAUUUACUGCUGUUGUCACUCAACCAGUAAUUAUAAUGUGGUUAUGAGUAACAUGUUUGUGAUUGAGUGCAAUGUAUCAGAGAUGCACUUGAGACUUUUUUUUAGUUUUGGAGAUUACAUUAAAAUAUCAUUAUUUAAUAGGGUUUAAAUAAAUUGUACUACUUUGUAUGUAAUGGCAACCUUACCAGUUGGUGUUAUCAGGACUGCAUGUGGUGCAAAAUAAUUGUAUCUGUGAUUAUUUUGACAUUCUUUGUGUACUCUUAGGAAGUUAUUGUGAGGACAUUACUCCAAUUUUCGUUUGUGCUUUUUGAAAACUGCAACACCAGUGUCAAAACUACAAUGUAUGUAUGUAUGAUUUCUUAGGUUAAACAAAUCUAUAAAAUGUUUUUGAUUGCUAAGCACAACACGGUUAGUAAAUAUGUAUACUUGCUUAAUUUUACAACUGUUAUAUGAAUCUGUAAUAAAUUAAGUUUUUUUUUGACAGCAUGCAA